CUAAAAAAAAUUCUCUUGAAUAAUAUAAUUUUAUUAUUAACCAUGUCUUCAACAAAUAAUUUUAUGCUUGGUUUUUGCCUUGUGAUUUUAUUUGUAAAUGCAGCUUCAAUUGAUUAUGGAGAAGCACUUACAAAAUCUUUAUUGUAUUUUGAAGCACAAAGAUCUGGAAAAUUGCCUUCUAAUCAACGUGUACAAUGGCGUGGAGAUUCAGCCCUUAACGAUGGCAAAGACGACGGGAUUGAUUUGACGGGAGGGUAUUAUGAUGCCGGAGACAACGUAAAAUUCGGGUUUCCGAUGGCAUUUACGAUAACAAUGUUAGCAUGGAGCGCAACUGAUUUCAAAUUUCAAUUAAAUUCAAAAAAUGAACUGAAAAAUGCUCUAAAUGCAAUCAAAUGGGGAACUGAUUAUUUCAUCAAAGCACAUAAAGAGUCUCAUGUUUUAUAUGGCGAAAUCGGAGAGGGAAUUUCCGAUCAUAAGUGUUGGGAGAGGCCGGAAGAUAUGACAACGCCGAGGAGUGUUUACAAAAUUGAUGAACAACACCCAGGUGCUGACCUGGCUGGAGAAACGGCCGCAGCUUUAGCUGCUGCAGCCAUUGCUUUUAAGGAAUCUGAUUCGGGUUACUCGAAUCAACUUCUUACUCAUGCCAAAGAGCUAUUUGAUUUUGCUAAAAAGUUUCCAGGCAUGUACACAAGUAGCAUUCCUGUGGCCGGUAAAUUCUAUGGUAGCUCCGGCUAUGAGGAUGAACUAUUGUGGGCUGCUGUUUGGUUGUAUGAAGCCACCAAAGACAAAUCAUACCUGGAUUACAUCAAUGAAAAGUCCACUAGUUGUGGUGGGACCAGAUUAAAUUUUUCAUGGGAUGACAAAUAUAUUGGUGCUCAAGUACUCAUUGCCAAGGAUAUUCUGGAGAAUAAAUUUGCAGGGAAUGAAAGUACUUUAUUGAAUGAAUACAAGAAAAAUGCAGAGGAAUUUAUAUGCAAUUGUAUACAAAACGGACAUAGCAAUAUACAGAAGACUAAUGGAGGACUUUUAUGGUGGGAUUAUUGGAAUAAUCUUCAAUUUGUCACAACUGCAACAUUUGUUAUAACAACUUAUGCAGAUACAUUAUCUGCCACUAAAAAUUCUCUACAAUGCUCUAGUGGAAAUGUGGAGCCUUCACAACUAAUAAACUUUGUUAAAUCUCAGGUGGAUUAUAUACUUGGUGAAAACCCCCAAAAAAUGAGUUACAUGGUUGGAUUUGGUACAAAUUAUCCACAAGAAGUUCAUCAUAGAGGAGCAUCAAUUGUGUCAAUUAAAAAAGACAAAAAACCAGUGGGUUGCCAAGAAGGUUUUGAUCAAUGGUUCAAUAGAAAUGCACCAAAUCCAAAUGUUUUAGUUGGGGCAAUUGUUGGAGGACCUGAUAAUAGUGAUAAUUAUAAUGAUUCAAGAGAUAAUUAUAAGCAAGCUGAGGCUGCUACUGCUAAUUCAGCACCAUUAGUUGGAGUUUUAGCAAGAUUUGCUAGUUAG